UCUCCCGCAGCCGCUGACAUGCAAAGCUCACAUGAAAGGAAAAAGCAUCUUUCGCUGAGUGAAGCAAACACGCCCGCUGCUGCACACGGAGUGGCAGCUAACGCAACGGCGCCUCCACGUAUACGCACAGCUUUGUUGUUGUUCUGGUGAUGUGCUUGUUCCGUCUGGACUAGUGGGGACCGUAGCUGCCCUUGUAUCCUGUCCUGGUCCUGUUGCUGUUUUUUUAUUUUCCUCCCUGACGACCUCAUCUGUCCGCUACCUCGUUCCUCAUCCUACGCCUCCUCUUCCUCCUCCCUCCUGCCCCUGUGAUGCCUUCCCCAUGCUGUGGCUGCUUGUCACAGUACACCAAUCAUCAUCUGGUUGCAUUUUUCCUCACCUUCUUUAGCUAUGUGUUGCUUCAUGCAUCGCGCAAGACGUUCAGCAACGUUAAAGUGAGCAUCUCAGCCCAGUGGACGCCGUCAGUGCAGAAUGGCAGCACAUCAGCUCUGUCACCUGACCAGACAUGGGGGGACAAUCAUCUCUUUGAAGAUGAAAAGCAGGCGACUCUCUUCCUGGGAGCCCUGGACUCCAUCUUUCUUUUUUCAUACGCUGUUGGCCUGUAUUUGAGCGGUGUGAUCGGGGACAGAGUCAAUCUGCGCUACAUGCUGUGUUUCGGCCUGUGUGGCUCAGCUGUAGUGGAGUUUGUCUUUGGCACUCUGACUGAAUGGCUCCACAUCUACAACAUCUACCUGUACUGCGGCCUGUGGGUGUUGAACGGGCUGCUGCAGUCGACUGUGUGGCCCUGCGUGGUGACUGUCAUGGCCAACUGGUUCGGAAAGUCGGGGCGGGGGUUUGUGUUUGGUCUGUGGAGCGCCUGUGCCUCUGUUGGCAACAUCCUGGGAGCUUUCUUAGCCUCCAGUGUGCUCAAAUAUGGAUAUGAGUACGCCUUCCUGGUGACCUCGGUGGUGCAGUUUUCUGGUGGGAUUGUGGUUUUCUUUGGUCUGCUAGCCUCCCCAAAAGAAGUCGGUUUGAGCAUAGAGUUGGAGACUGGACCUGGCCCAGUGGAGACGGACGCAGACAGCCACAGGCCUCUGAUGAGCGACGACGAGGAAGAGGUGGAAGUGUUUGACAAACACUGCCAGACCAUCCAGCAGGCAGAUGAACCGGUGUUUGAAUCCCCUCAACCCAUCAGCUUCAUCCAGGCCUUCUGUCUGCCUGGAGUUCUGCCGUAUUCUUUGGCGUUCGCAUGUCUGAAGCUGGUCAACUACUCCUUCUUCUUCUGGCUUCCUUUCUACCUGAGCAGCAACUACGGCUGGAAGGAGGCGGAGGCCGACCGUCUGUCUGUGUGGUUCGAUGUGGGAGGAAUCGCCGGUGGAACUGUUCUGGGUCUGAUCUCUGACCUCGUAGGAAAAAGAGCUCCGGUGCUGACGGUCAGUCUGGCCUUGGCCAUGGGGGCUUUGGUGGGCUACAGCCGGUCUCCUAAUGACAAGCUGAUCAACAGCGUGCUCCUGGCACUGACGGGUUUCUUCGUGGGCGGUCCGUCCAACAUCAUCUGCUCUGCUAUAUCUGCUGACCUGGGCAGACAGGAGGCGCUGAGGGGCAGCCAGGAGGCUCUGGCUACAGUCACUGGAAUAGUAGACGGAACUGGGAGCAUGGGAGCCGCAGUUGGACAGUACCUGGUUUCCCUCAUUGAGAGUAAGCUGGGCUGGAUGACUGUGUUCUACUUCUUUGUCGUCAUGACAGGGGGCAGCAUUCUGUUCAUCACUCCAUUACUGGUCAGAGAGAUACAGGACAUGUGGAGGGACAGACGAGUGCGACGACACCAGCUGUGAACCCCUGACCCUGAGGUGACGGACCACGUCAUCUCCAGAGAGUGAAAGCGCAGCAGGUCUGCUCACUGCUCAGGAGCAGCUGUGGGUGAGUUGUGGGAAGUUUACUGUCAGUCAGGUCCUUCAGACCCAGAGCUUUACCCACUUUACCCACAUCAACUGACGCAGUCUUUGAGCACAGGAAUUUUGCGAUGUGAAUGUGAACAUUCACCCGUGACGUGUACAGCCAAAGUCGAUGGGAGAAGGUUUAGAGUUUUUAAAGGGAAACUGACUCUUCAAAGUAUGCUAAUGUACAUAUUUGGGGGGGUUGAGUGUGCAAUAUUUUGAAUGCACAGGUACUUGAGAGUACAGAGAAUGUGAACUGUUGGUCAUCUUUGACCUAUCGUCAACCUGUGUUAUAUUUAAUUUAUUCCGUUCUUUAGAUUAAUUAGAAAUUAUUCUUAAAUAAUGAGGUGUUAGUAACUCACAGUUUAGAUGUGAUUUUUAGCCUUUUUUUUUUUAAUUUCCUAAUGGCUGUACAGUUUUAUUUGGGAGAGGGAGGGACCUGUUCAGCUUUUUUAAACGCAAAGACUUUGUUUAUUCUUGUAGGUUUUUCCACUGUUUAAUUUAUCAUUCCUUUUUUAAAAUUUUUUUUUUCUUUUUUUUAUGAUGAGACUUUAUCAUGACACGGCCAUCUGAAUCUCAUUGGCUAAAACAGUUCAACCAAAAUAACCACAGAUAGCUGGGCCAGUGAUGCCUUCACUGUCCUAGGACAAAACUGUGUAACAGCACCCUGCAGAGAUCUAGAUAGUUAUAUUAGAAUUCAUGGUUGAGUUAUCGUUCAGAGGUGGAGAUGCUUCUGUUUAAAACUGAAGACAAAGUCAGUGUAAAUAUUCUUAUGUUACUUUACUCUGGACGGUUGGAGUUUUUUAUUUUCUACGAGUUUAAACCUGAGCUGUACUAUCUGUACUUCACGCGACAACACUACACACAAAGUAACAAUAGGAAAAAUGUGUCUUUCCUGAGUUUACAUUUUAAGAUGUUUUAAGACAUUGUUUAUUAAUUAUAAUAAUUCUGCUUGGAUGAAGAUGAAAGACUGACAUCAAACUGUUCAUUUUCCAAACACUGACACAGAGACGUAUGAAGUGAUGUACGUCAACAGUCUGUUUAACAUGAAGGGUACGUUUGAGCCACUAUGUCAUAAUGUGAUAUAUCACAGGUGGAGUUGAUGAUGCUAAUGUAGUUCUUUAGAAUGAAGGUUGAGCCUCUGAUGUGUCUGAACUAUAAUGGGAUGUAAAUCAUAAUCUGUGGUCAACUCUUACUGUUUAUAAUCCAUGUUUACAUCUUUUUAAUUUCACAAGGUGACUGUAAAUGACAUGGUUGUAAAUAAAAAAAAGUUCAGAAAA